UGAGUUGGGUGUAGCUGUGUCUGUGUGCGCCUUGUCCAAUGGAACCAGAUCCUCCCUGCAGUGCGUAAGAGCGCGAUUUAGGAUUUAACCAAGUCUUUGCUGCGGGGCUGGUUGCAGUCUUCACCAGAGCCCGACGGCCCGAGAGCCUUUCAACAAUGCUAGUGUAGUUUUCUAACCACUUUGGAGUCAGACUGCCUUUUUUGCUAAUCAAAUAAAACAAACACGCGUUCCCUCUCGAAGUAUGACUGGAGUAUUUGACCGAAGGAUCCCGAGUGUGAAAACUGCAGACUUCCAGAGCUCCUUUCAACUCUCCACCAUGCACCAUCCGUCUCAGGAAUCUCCUACUUUACCCGAGUCCACCGCCACGGAUUCUGGCUACUACAGUCCCGCCGCUGGAGUCCCUCAUGGCUACUGCUCGCCCAGCUCCAGCUCGUACGGGAAGCCUCUCAAUGCCUACCAGUACCAGUACCCGGGUGUAAAUGGAUCCGCUGGAAAUUACUCGACAAAAUCCUACACUGAUUACAGCUCGUACACGACCCCCGCCUACCACCAGUACGCUGGGACUUACAGCAGAGUGCAAGCCCAGCCGAGUCCACAAGAGAAAGAGAUAAGCGAGCCUGAGGUAAGGAUGGUGAACGGCAAGCCGAAGAAAGUGAGGAAACCCCGGACAAUCUACUCCAGUUUCCAGCUGGCCGCCCUGCAGAGGCGGUUUCAGAAUACGCAGUAUCUGGCGCUGCCGGAGAGAGCCGAGCUGGCUGCCUCGCUGGGACUCACGCAAACACAGGUAAAAAUUUGGUUCCAGAACAGGAGAUCAAAACUGAAGAAGAUCAUGAAAAACGGAGAGCUUCCACCUGAGCUCAGCCCCAGCUCCAGCGACCCCAUGGUGUGCAACUCUCCACAGUCCCCGGCCGUUUGGGACACACAGGGCCCCUCCAGGCCGCACAGCCUACAGCCACAAAACAUCAACACGACGGCUUCUAACUUUUUGGAAAACUCGGGGUCAUGGUACACCUCAGCCGGCAGCUCCAUGGCCGCCCACCUGCAGACUCCCAACUCGAUACAGCACUCGUUGGCUCUUGGAGCAGGGACGUUAUAUUGAAAAAAACCCUGUUGUUCAUUUCAUUUUUUUUUUAUCCUUCUAUGGGACUCGUGUUCAAAUUUUCAGAGGAAUAUGCAAUGUAUUUGAUGACAGUCAUAGAAGAAACGUGUAAAAUGUGUAAAUGUGUGCAUGUAAUUUAUUGCAUUUUGGAAGACUAUUAAACGUUUAAAUGGACAAUGGAACUUUGAAAUCCUCCGGCUUCACUGCAGUCUCUUGUUAUUUUAACCCUUAGUUAUUUACACUGAAAAUCACAACGAAGACUCACAGACAUAAAUAAUGUUUGUCAGCCUCAGGUGACAUUUUAACACAAGGUUGUAAAUCACAGCUGCUCCGUAUUGAGAUGAAUCUAGAAAAUGCCUGUAAAUCUUAAUUUCUAUUCUCCAUAACAACACAAUUUAUAUUCAUUUAGUCAUUUUAGAACUUUAGUACUUGGAAGGAAUUGUGCUUCCAAAUGAGAUGACUAUCUGCCUUUUUGUAAGGAAUGUCCCUCAUUUCCCCUCAUGAAAAUAUACUUAUUUUAAUCUGCAUUUGCGAUGACAUGAAAGAAAAACAAAUAUAGUGCAAAUGUAUGACUUUAUUAAACAGACAUUAAGCAAAAAUGUGUUAUUGUAAAUACAUUUCUGAGAAAACAUGGCUACUGUGUUCCACUGAAAGCCUUAAUCCACCAUAAUAAGUGCAUUUACCUUCAUUGAAUAACGGUGU